AUGCCGGGGGAGGCUGCGCGUGCUGAACUGCCGCUGCCUGAGGCAGGAGGGCCAGGAUCCCGCACAGAUCUCUCAUGUGAUGCAGCCAAUGCCACCAUCCUGAAAGGGGACCAACGGGAGCCCCAUGCCCUGACCCCAGGGCCCAGCCUUCUGGCUCUCACAUUCCUGCCCAGCAAACCAGGUGCCCGGCCCCAGCCUGAGGGAGCCAGCUGGGAUGCAGGGCCCAGUGGGGCUGCCUCAACCUGGGUGGACCCAGCAGAGGGCAGCCCAAGUCCAGGGGUCCUCCCUGAGGGCCUACCUCUCCAGCCUUUGUCUGCUGACGUCCCUCUCCCUACCACCCUGGAGCCCCGCAUCGUGAUGGGUGAGGAGACAUGCCAGGUCAUCCCUUCACCCAGGGCAGCCUGGCCAGUGCUCAGGGACCGGGAGGGUGGGCACAUGGCCCUGCAUCCACCUCCGGAGCUGUGUUCUCAGGGUGAUCCUCCUGUGCCUUCCCCUCCCCCCGACCUUGAGUCCUACUUCACACCCCCCUCCACUCCCACCAAGACCAUCUAUGGCCUGCUCCCUGACCAUGGGCCCCACAGGGAUGCCUGGGACCUGGAGGCCGAGCUGCUGGAUGAGGUACUGGACUCAACGCCAGCUUCACCCUCAGGCUCCUAUAUCACAGCAGAUGGGGACAGCUGGGCCUCAUCGCCUUCCUGUUCCCUCAGCCUGCUGGCCCCCGCUGAAGGGCUGGACUUUCCCUCCGACUGGGGCCUCUCCCCGUCAGGGUCUGUGGUAGACGAACUAGAGCCACACCCCACAGACCCUCCAGAGCCCCCGUCCUCCGAGUCUAGCCUCUCAGCCGACAGCAGUUCUUCCUGGAGCCAGGAGGGCCAUUUCUUUGACCCAAGCUUCUUGGCCAACGACCCGAUGAUCCCUGCCGCCCUACUACCCUUCCGGGGUAGCCUCAUCUUCCAGGUGGAAGCUGUGGAAGUGACACCCCUGUCCCAAGAGGAGGAGGAGGAGGAGGAGGAGGAAGAGGAGGUAGCUGCUGGUGCUGCCACCCCAGAUGGAGACCUGGCGGGAGAGGGCGAGGAUGACAGCACAUCUGGCUCCUUCCUGCAGUCGCUGUCAGAUCUGUCCAUCAUCGAGGGCAUGGAUGAGGCCUUCGCCUUCCGGGACGAUACCUCGGCCGCCUCCUCAGACUCGGACUCCGCUUCCUAUGCCGGGGCAGAUGACGACAGGCUGUACAGUGGGGAGCCCCAUGCCCAGCCCAGUGCCCAGAGCACAGAGCAGGAGCACGGAAGCAGAGUCACAGUUCAGGGGACAGAGCACGAAGCCCGUCUCACCAAUAGCCAGGAAUCAAUUGCAGAACUAGCAGAAGAGGCUCCAGUUUUAGGCAGAGAGUCUGAAGCUACCGUGCCCCUCCCUGAUAUGCGAGCAGCUCCAGACGCCCAGGAGGAAGCUACCACAGUCACCCCCAGGGGAGGGAACGAAGAAGUUGAUGCGGUUGCUCAGCAAGCACCCAGCGCACUGCCCCAGCUCUGCCAGAAGGGGCUGAGCAUGACUUUAGGCUCUAAGCCUGUCCCUGCACAACCAAUUCUAGAUCUGCAGGAAGAAACAAGCCCCACCUGUCCAAUCCUUCUUGAUAACCUGAAGGAAGGAGUCCUGGGCCUUCCCUCCACACUGGAGUAUGUAGCUGUGGCUUCAGUGAGACCCCAGAAGGCUGAGGAAGCUGCUGCAAUGCCCCAGGACACCCCUAUUACUUUAGCCCCAUUAUUGCAAUGUGCAGAUCCCGCCUCAGGCCCAGAGUCUGUGGCUGUAGUCACUCUGAAGCUCCGGCAAGAUGAGGGGUGUGUCAUAGCAGUGCAGGGUGCCCCGGUGGCACCAUCACCUACACUCCUACAGAGUACAGAUGUGGCUACAUUUGGGUUCCAAAAGGCUGAGGAAGGCAUCACAGAACCCCUGGACUCCCCUGUGGCAUCAUGCCCACCCCUGAAAGGCUCAGACCCCCUGCAAGGCUCAGAACCUGAGGCUCUGGUCACACUGGGGUCCCAGCAGGAUGAAGGGCUUGCCCCAGUACCCCAGGACUCUCCUAUGGCAUGUCUACCCCUGCAAGGCUCAAAUCUCACCUCAGACCGAGAGCCCGUGCUUGCUGCCACACUGGGACCACAGCAGGCUGAGGAGGGUGACAUCAUACCCCAGGUUACCCCAGUAACAUCAUCUUCACCCCUGCAAAGCUUAGAUUCAACCUCAGAACUACAACCUGUGGCUGCAGCCACACUGGAGUCCCAGCAGGCUGAAGGCAAUGCCACAUCAGCCCAGGACACCCCUGAGAUGGCAUCUCCAUCCCCCCAAGAUACAGAUUCCACCUCUGACCCAGAGCUGAUAGUCCAAGACACCGUUCAGACUCUGCAGAGAGAAACAGGCUAUACCCCAGAGACGAAGCCUUCAGCCUCUGAGGUCCAUCAGGAGUCAGGCGUGGCCUUAGGACCAAAGCCAGUGCCCAAGGAGCAGGAUGCAGAACCCCCUCUAGACUCAGCACUCCCAGCUCCAAAGCCAGCCCAACAGAAUGGCUCAGAGCCAGCUGUAAAAGCUGAUAACUCUGGGGCUCCAGAAGAGCCAUGUCCCACCUUGAGCACAAAGACCUCUGAGCCUGCAUCUUGUGCGGGAGAGGAAGUAGCAGAGAGCCUAUCUGCACUCAAGCAAGGAGCAUGUCUUGAAGCCCGUGAUGGGGUCAAGACCCACUCACCUCAAAGAGAGGCCCUGGGGGCCAAAAACAAGCGGGGCAGAGGCCACAAAGCACCAGGGCAUGGAAAUGUGUCUAAAUCGGCAUCCCAAGGUACAGGGGAGACUUCCAAGGCACAUUCUGCUGCGGGCUCUGAGGUCAGCCAGACACAGCUGACCUCAGCCGUGGAGGGAAGGGUCCUGAGCAGCAAGGACACCUUGGGCCCCAGGCUUCCUGCGGCUCUAUCCGUGCAAGCCAGGCUAGGUUCCUGCCCAGGGUCCCCAGCAAGGGCCACAUGCACACUGAGCAGCAUCUACUCUGAAGAGACUGUCAGGUGUGCACCACCCUUCCUGCAACUGGAGCCCAUGCUAGGCCUGGGUAGCAGAGAACGGUCUCAGAGGACCCCAGGUGCCCUUAAUCCUUCCCUAGUAAACUCCACUAGUGACCUGCCCACUGCAUCCCAGAAGAGGUUCCUGGACCCUGACCCUCCUGCUCCCAGUGCCCUCGACAGGGCAUCCCAAACAUCCCCAGGGCCCCUAGCCUCCUGCUUGUGUCCCACUCCCCAGAAAGUCUCUGUGGAAGAGGAACCCCCAGCCUCUCGUGGUCUGAUGCCUCGGGCAGGAGCCCUGGGACCUGCUGCCGUUACUGCCUCAGGAUCCACAAAGCCUCUGGGGGCCCGGCAGCGUGUCAGCCUCUCACCUCACUCCACCCUCAACCCCAAGGUGAACCCCACAGAUGCCAAAGACCUGGCUUGCAUCAUCUCAAGCCCCUGCCAAGUGCCUCCUCCCUCUGGGACCCAGAACCCAGCUGGCCCUCGAGGGUUCCCAGCCCAUGAGCAACAAGAGGAUGAAGACAGCCCAGAGGAAGACUCACAGAGAGCCCCAGGCUCUGGCCAGCAUUCGGAUAGCCACGGGGAGUCGUCCGCUGAGCUGGAUGAGCAGGAUAUCCCACCUCAGAAAGCGCAGUGCCAGGCACAGGGCUCAGCAGGCAGCAAUGAGGAGACCAUUGCCAAAGCCAAGCAAAGCCGCAGCGAGAAGAAGGCUCGAAAGGCAAUGUCGAAACUGGGCUUACGGCAGAUUCAGGGAGUCACCAGGAUCACCAUCCAGAAGUCCAAGAACAUCUUGUUUGUCAUUGCCAAGCCAGAUGUCUUCAAGAGCCCCGCUUCCGACACCUAUGUGGUCUUUGGUGAGGCCAAGAUUGAGGACCUGUCCCAGCAAGUACACAAAGCUGCAGCAGAGAAGUUCAAGGUGCCCUCAGAGUCCUCAGCGCUGGUCCCCGAGUUGGCACCUGGACCCCGGGUGAGGCCAGAGUGCGAGGAGCAGGAGGAGGAAGAUGAGGAGGUAGAGGAGGCUGGGCUGGAACUUCGUGACAUCGAGCUGGUGAUGGCCCAGGCCAACGUGUCCAGGGCAAAGGCCGUGAGGGCACUGAGAGACAACCACAGCGACAUCGUCAAUGCCAUCAUGGAGGCUUUCACAAAGGGCCAGAGCUGCUACUGUCCUGGAGACGAUCUGUACAGAGAAUGCAAAGAAAGGAAGCCCUGCCGAGUAAGAGGUUCCCAAAGUGUCUGCUCCUGUCCCUUGUUCACAGAGUCAAAGCAGAAGCACCAAUCAGACACUGUGGGCACUCAUGGUCCAACAGACAAGGGUCAGGAUGGAGUGCACCCCCACCCCCACAACAACAUGGCUUUCAGCUAA